AUGGCCCGCGAUGCCGGUAUCCCAUUGAAGCUUUGCAUGGCGUCUGUGACGCCGGCAACAAGAGGACUCGCCUACACCUACUAUACCGAAUCGCCCUUCCCGUCUUUUCACGAGUUUUACCGAGGUCCAGUACUUCCGUGGGCCCGCAUCAAGUACUUUGGUCGUUUGUGUAUGCCACAAGAGGCACUUCCCGGAUUGCAAAAUAUGUGGCCUAAUUGGUGGUUCGAGCCGCUCGAAGCACCAAACUGGAGCAACCUUUCCGAUACGUUUAUUCGGACAGCUGAGGUUGACCCACUGCGGGACGAAGGGGAAGCAUAUGCCAUGAAGCUCGUCGCCGGCGGAAACAAGGCCACGAUCAAGAGAUACCUGGGCUGCCCGCACACUUUCAUGUACAUCGACUCCAUGAAGCGGAAGCACGAGUACGAUCGGGACGCAAUCAUUGCUUUGCGAGCUGCACACAGUCUUGACUAG